CCAUUAGUGCAGUCUCCUCUUUUCCAAUCUUUCCCGUUUCCCUGUCAUUUCUCUCUCAUUACAAAUUUACUCUCCAACAGAGGAAAAUCGAGAGGGUGUUUCUUUCUUAUAUGAAUAAAAAAUUAAUGUAUGAAGAGAAUAGAAAUGCCAGUUAAAGUAGCAAACGAGGCCGGAGAGUCCCGUCCGUACGCCAACGGCGAUUUGAAAUUCCAAAACCCUAGCAAUUCUGCCGCCAAGAAAUCACGGGAAAGUGAGCGGCGCCGGAGACGCCGAAAGCAGAAGAAGAACACCAAGGCAUCACAGGCCACAGCCGCCGGAGAUGACAGCGGCUCCGCCGACGACAGCUCCAAAGAGAACUCCGAUCCUCAGAAGCCUUUGGAGCAAGUAGAAGUGGAGUAUGUCCCAGAAAAGGCAGAAUUAUACGGUGGCUUAGAUGAGGAAUUCCGAAAAGUCUUUGAGAAAUUCAGUUUUAAAGAAUCUGCUGGUACUGAGGAGAAUGAUAAGGAGAAUGAGACUGCACCUGAUGCAGCCUCGAAGAAGAAGGCUGACUCAGAUUCAGAAGAGGAGGAACAGGAUACACAACAAAAAGAGAAAGGAGUCUCUAAUAAAAAGAAAAAGCUUCAACGUCGAAUGAAGAUUGCUGAACUGAAACAGAUUUGUUCAAAGCCUGAUGUAGUUGAGGUAUGGGAUGCCACUUCUGCAGACCCUAAGCUAUUGGUGUAUCUCAAAUCAUAUCGCAAUACUGUUGCAGUACCGCGGCACUGGUGUCAGAAAAGGAAAUUUUUGCAGGGCAAGCGUGGUAUUGAGAAACAGCCUUUUCAACUUCCUGAUUUUAUUGCUGCCACGGGGAUUGAGAAAAUUAGACAAGCUUACAUAGAAAAGGAGGAUAGCAAGAAACUGAAACAAAAGCAACGUGAAAAGAUGCAGCCAAAAAUGGGAAAAAUGGAUAUUGACUAUCAGGUACUCCAUGAUGCGUUCUUCAAGCAUCAGACUAAACCGAAAUUGACGGCACAUGGUGAUUUGUAUUAUGAGGGGAAGGAAUUUGAGGUAAAACUUCGAGAAAUGAAGCCAGGAACUUUGUCACAGGAACUAAAAGAGGCUCUUGGAAUGCCUGAGGGUGCUCCUCCUCCUUGGCUUAUCAAUAUGCAGAGAUAUGGUCCUCCACCUUCUUAUCCGAGUCUGAGAAUUCCGGGGCUUAAUGCUCCUAUUCCUCCUGGAGGUAAAUUUGGCUAUGGACAUGGAGACUGGGGCAAACCACCUGUAGAUGAAUAUGGACGUCCCCUGUAUGGAGAUGUUUUUGGCGUUUUGCAACAAGACCAGCCCAAUUAUGAGGAGGAACCUGUUGAUAAGACAAAGCAUUGGGGUGAUUUGGAAGAGGAGGAGGAAGAAGAAGAGGAUGAAGAAGAGGAAGAGGAAGAACAGAUCGAGGAAGAGGAACUGGAAGAUGGCAUUCAAUCUGUCGAUAGCCUUUCAAGCACUCCUACUGGGGUUGAAACCCCUGAUGUUAUUGACCUUCGGAAGCAACAGAGGAAGGAACCUGAGAAGCCUCUCUAUCAAGUGCUGGAAGAAAAAGAAGAGAAGAUAGCACCAGGAACCUUGCUGGGCACAAGUCAUACGUAUGUGAUCAACACUGGCACACAGGACAAGACCAGUGCUAAACGGGUUGAUUUGCUUAGGGGUCAGAAAUCAGAUAGAGUCGAUGUAACACUAGCACCAGAAGAGUUGGAACUCAUGGAUAAUGUUUUGCCUGCCAAGUAUGAGGAAGCCAGAGAAGAAGAGAAGUUGCGAACUCAGCGGGAGGAUUUCAGUGACAUGGUUGCUGAGAAUGAGAAGAAAAGGAAAAGAAAGAUGCAGGAAAAAGAGGGCAAAUCAAAGAAGAAGGACUUCAAGUUUUGAAUUGUCUUUUGCAACUUCUGAAGAUAAAAGCAUAUAGAGCUUUUGAGUUAUGGGUAGUGCUUCCCAUAUUGCAAUUUAUAGUCAUUGCUUUCCUGCACCGUGAUAUGUUAGUGGCUGUACUUUUGGUUACUGUAAUAAAUGACCUUGCACGCCUGUGCUUUUGACUACAAGGAUGCUGUGUGAACUAUAAUAGUUGGGUUCGUACUAAUUGAGUAACGAGUUCUGUUCUAUCAAGAUCUGAAAUAAAAGGCUAGGGAAGGACGUGAGGUGACAAGAUAUUUUCGUUUGAAUUUGAAAUAGUUCAGUUUGAUUAUUGA